AUGGCUCCAUGUGCGUGUUGUUCAAAAGUCUCUACAGCAGAUUCUCUUGUUUUAGGGGCUAUCCAGAUUAUGAUUGGCAUCUUUAGUGUUUUCAUGUGGUAUCUCCUGUUGAUUUUGUAUAUGGGACAAAUUAAAGGAGUCUUUGGGACAUACGAACCUAUAAGUUACAAAGCAGGAUGUGCUUUAUGGGGUGUUAUUUUUGUCGUGUCAGGAAUUUCCAUAAUAAGAGCAACAAGGCGUCCAUCUCAACGCCUGCUUGUAUGUGCUAUGAUCAUGAACAUCUUAUGCAUGAUUACUGCAAUUAUAGCAGUGGUUCUAACAAUAUUGGAGUUGUCUUCUUUUCAUUCUGUGUCAUAUAGAAAUUAUGGACAAGCGAAACUUGGGAGAGAAAUUUCACGUGUUUUACUGGGCUUCUACCCCUUGGAAUUGGGUAUCUCAUUCACAUACACAAUCUUCAGCUGUGUUGGUUUGCUUACCAGAGGUUUUAUAGGAACACUCUACUUUCAGGUGGUAGGGGAAAUCGGUACACAUGAUAAAAUGACAUAG